UGCGGAUGUGUGGUGAUCGCACGGGAAGAUCGCUAUAGUUGGGGCGAUUAGGGUUGCCAGCGGGUUGCAGUGUACUUUAUAAGGCAAUCGGGUUGGCCAGACCGGAUACGGGAUGGUAUCCGUAUCGAGCAAACGAGCGUUGCGGCCCAUUUUCGUGACCAAGCGACAAGAUGGCGUCGGAACCGGCUUGGGCCUGCGUCGCGUCGUCGGCCUUCCCGCUCGUCUACGCCUACGGGAAGGACAUGAGCCUCGGUGGGCGCCAGAGCCGCGUGCUGGAGAAGGACCACGCGAAGCUGCUCCAGGCGCUCGAGCAGCAGCUCAAGCUCAAGGGCACGACGCACGCCAACAAGGCCGAGACGCUGCUCUUCUACAGCCACGCGCCGUUUCUCACGCAGCAACAGCUCGAGCUCGUGCUCGCUCGACUCGCUGAGCAGUUCCAGGCCAUCAACGAGCUGGGCUUUCGCCUCGCGAUCUUGGAGAUGGUCCGGCGCAUCGAAGGCCAGUUCAAGCACACGGACGUUUCCGACACGACCAAGAUUGUCGGGCCUAUCUACCAAGUGUUGCAGACGACCGACGACGUACAAACACGUAUCGUGGCGUUGCAGCUGCUCGCGCUCCUCGCCACAUUGGUUCGAGACGACGUCUCUCUGCACCAAGCCAUCGUCGCUCGCUGCGUCGCGAGUACGAGCGAUGAAGCCGAUGCUGCACACGACACGGCGCGCGCACUGCUGGCCCACUCGCCGGUCUUUCAGCGCACGCUGCUCACGCGUUUGCUUACCGAGUCGACGCCAACGAACGAGUUUGUUGCGCUCGCGCCGCUCUUGCCGUUGGCGACCACCAACGCGGCCGAAGCUGCUCUCGCCCUGGCCAAGUGCGAGGCGCUGUGCAACGAUGCGACGGUGCGUGGCCCGACUGGCGAUCUCUCGUACAUCCACUCGCCGUCAUUGCGACCGCUCGUGCUCACCAUGGCGGCGCUCUCGCUGCAGCUGCUGCCCGAUGCUAGCGACCGAAUGCUUUGCGUAAUCCAGACGCUCUUCACCGCGUCCUCGGCGUCGCUUCGGCGGAUCGCGGUGGCGGGCAUCGCCAAGAUGCUGACUGCCGGUCGCCCUGUACCAAAGAGCGUUGUUUCUAUGCUGCUUGACGCUGCUGCCGACGCAUCCAUGGACGCUGCCUUGUUGCUCAGCAUCGUCUCGCAGCUCGAGGUGGCGGCACGCUCGAUCGACGUCCCGCUCGCGUCGCUGCGAUGGCUAUCGGCGGAGCCCGACCCGAAGCUCACCAGCCUCUUUCUCCACAUGACAUACCAUGCGAGUCGGCGCAGCGUUCCUGGCGCGCUUCUCGAACUCCUCCGCGUCCUUGCCGUGACAACCACGUACCCCGUGUCGCCCGCGACGACCACGAUCGUCCGCAAAGCGCUGCGGCUUCUCGAGGCGCUGGUCCGCGAGAUGCCAGACGCGACAGUGCCGACACUUGGGCCCGUGUUGCUGCGGCUCCUCGCGGGUUCAAGUCCGCACGCCGACGCGCUCUGGGUGGCCAUGUCGCAUCUCACGUGGUAUAUGGCUGUGCCGACAGAGGCGGCGGCAUCCGCGCUCGCUUCGUCAUCGUCGACGCGGCAGUCGCUCGCGAUCCUCGUGUGCCUCUUGCGCAGCGGAGGCGAUGCGUCAGCGCUCGUCUUGCGCGCGCACGCAGCCCACCGAUCGGCGUACAUGAGCUGGCAGCUUGCGCGUGAGUGUAUUCUGCACGGCGCCUUUGCGACGGCCGCGCAACUGCUGCCGAGCGUCGUGGCGGGCACCUUGUCGUCGACGACGCACCACUGGACAAGCGCCGUCGCCUUGUGGGUCGAUGGCGAGGCGCUCGUGUGUGCCACGACGUCGGCCGUGCCGCUGCGCACGUUUGACUUGCUGCACGAGGCCCUCGCUACGCUGCAGCUCGCGACGUGUAGCGAUACGUCGUUUGAGACGCUGAGCGGCUUUGUCUCGGCGCGUCUCGGGCUUCUCUCGACGCUCCAGUCGGCGCUGCAGUAUGCAUUCGAGAGCAUCAUUGCGUCGGGUCAAGUGUUUUCGACAACCAAGUGGACCGACCUCCAGCACCAGCUGCAGCGCCACGCCCGCACGUUUGCUGUGCUCAGUCACGCCGCCUGGUCGACCACCGACCUCGACGCCCUCGCCAGUCACGUGAGCCUCUGUGAAUUCGUGGCCGUCGCUAUCGACAAGACGAUCCACGGUCGAACGGCGACGGUCGCGACGCCGACGGUGCUCCCCCGGCAUCCGUCCUGGCAGUUUGUGGCCGACUACGCUGCCCAUCUUGCGAGAACCGAAGACGCGCCAUGCAUGGAGUCGCUCGUCUCGAUGCUCCAAGCCGUGUGCUCGCUACCGGCUGCGGUACCGCGGCCGCUCCUGCGCAGUGACGCGCCGGCGCUGUCGUUGGACAUGGCGCUCGCGCCGGGCCCAAGCGUCAAGCAGAUCUCGCGCACGGUGCUGGGUGUCACGACGGCCGUCGACUUGGCCGCCACGAUCCACGUGUCGUUGCAGCUCGACGCGGCGGUGUCACCGGCGAGUCCUCUGCGCGAUACGAGCUGCGGCUGGACGCUGCAGCUUGAAGUGACGCUCUCAUCAGACGGCGUGACCACGGUGUUUGACGCGCCGCUUGUGGCGCAUGGCGACGGCAGCUGCAGCAGCCAUGUCCCGCUGGUCAUUGAAGCAAGUCGCCUUGGCGAGCACUCGUCGCACGCGAUCUCGAUCGCGGCGUGGGUCGCGACGCCAACACGCAGGUGCCUCCUCGCAGCCAAAGCGCUCGAUCGCACCGUCGUCGUGUAUUAGGGUGACUAACUAAAGAACUGCAUGAUGAUGUACAUA